AUGGCUGCGUUCCUUUUGCUUUGGAUGGGAGUAUUCGCCUCUUUUAUUGAUUUGCAGGUUUUGGCAGCUGCACCAGUCGAAUGUGCGGAAUACACGGAGAGAAUCGGGCAGUGUGCAAAAGGGACCAAACUCGCUACCCAGGCGUUAACGAACUUGGAUGCAUGUAAGACCAACUGUGGCAUGAACCCCGCCUGCCGGGGAUUCAACUCCGUGCCAGGGCUUCUCUCGUUAUCUUGUGAUCUCAUGAGCGAGCAGUGUGAGGACGGCGAACUGUUGGCAUCAAGUAAUUCAAAAGUCUACACAAAAACAUGUCCACAAGGUCCAUUGUCAAACUACAAUCUCAGGAAAGGAGAUUGUGUCCGCAACGACAUAAAAAAGUUGACAGUUGACGUCACUGCCCUGGGCUGCGCUCAGGAAUGUGACAGUUUGCCCGAAUGUAAAGCAUUCCUCUACAAAAUAGAUCCUACCAUUCAUUGCUGGUUGAAGAACAAUGAAUGCCCAGUUCUUUCAGUUUUCCCAGCGUUGAUGUAUCAGCAUUUUUAUUUCUACACAAAGCUAGCAGUCCCCCUUUUUACGACAACCACUCCGGCAACAAACCCGACAACUCCAGGUCCAAAUUUGGCGCUUAAAAAACCUGCAGGCCAGUCUUCAGUCUACGCUGGUCAUUCUGCAAGUCUUGCCGUCGAUGGAGAUAGAAACCCCGUCCACGAUGAUGGGUCUUGUAGCCACAUGGGCAACACUGUAGACCCCUGGUGGUAUGUGGACCUGGGGACGGAGAUAUCGGUCGGGACAGUCGUAAUCGCUAACCGACAGCAAUCUUUUGAACGACUGGCGAAUUUCGAUGUCAAGCUAUCAAAUACAGCUCCACCUGACGGCCUGUCAGGAGCCACAGUUUGCUUUCACCAAGAUAAACCUGCCCUAGAUGGUGAGGUAUUGCAGAUACCGUGUCGAGGCAGUGGGCGUUACGUUAUAGUCCAAACUAUGAGGACGGGUCUCUUAUCACUGUGUGAAGUGGAAGUCUAUGAAGAUUUGGACGCGACGACAGUGGUUCCGGUUGAGCCGAAUACAGCAACGGCGGCUACGACAACAAAGCCUACGACAACAAAGCCAAUAACAGUGGCCGUGCCCAACUAUUCUCACCUGACGGGCGACUGUACCGAAAGCAACCUGAAGGAACUGACAGUUGAUGUCACCAUCAAUGGAUGUGCUGAAGAAUGUGACAGGAUGCCAGAUUGCAAGUCUUUCGUCUACAAGGCGCUGCCUUCACCUAGUUGCCAGUUGAAAAGCUCAACGUGUCCGACAUUAACGCAAGUGCCGGAGUCAGCCGGCGCCACUCAUUUCUACAGAAAAAUCGAGGAGGUCCCCAACUAUUCCGUCAGGAUAGGCGACUGUCCGGGGUACGACAUAAAACAGUUGACGACUGAUGUCACUAGAGAAAGCUGUGCUGAGGAAUGUGACAGUUUACCCGAAUGUAAAUCGUUCCUCUACGAACUACUACCUACUCUUAAAUGCUACCUGAAAAGCUCUGAGUGCCCAAUUUUGAAACCAGCGCCAAUAUCCUUCGGGAUCGUGCAUUUCUAUACGAAGGAAGAGCCGACGACGACAGCAAGUCUCACUGCAGUAACCACUGAGAUUCCUAGCCCCAGUCCAACAACAGCUAACUUCUUUGAUUCUCCAUGGUGGAUUCUGCUCGGUCCGACGAACGAAACCAAUCCCGAAAAUCUCAAAGAGCUCUCGCUUAGCGAAAGCAACACGAACAUGACCAGCGGACCAGAAGGACUUAAUGCGUGGACGUUUGGAGGAGAAGCACCAAAUACACGGAGUUCGGUCCGAGUGAACAGCAACGGGGUGUUUGAUUUUGGUGAUGACAGUUGGACACUUGCAACCUUCCUGAAUCCGGAGAGUCUCAAAGACGGAUCAAUCGUAGAAUGGGAGGGCGAUGUACAGAACACUAACGGUAAUCAGCUUGGAAUCAAGGAUGGGAAACUCCAGACAACUUUGGUAAAACUUGACGGAACAGAAACAACAUAUCCAUUCAAAGCGCCUUCUCUGAACACGUGGCAACUUGUUGGUGUUAGUUAUGAUAAGGAGACUGGUGCAUUGCACAUGUGGAUUGAUGACCAGAUUUCUAAGGAAGAUGUCGGGAAAGUCACCACAGAUAUGAAGGGAGAUUUGGUUAUUGGUAACCGCCCAAAUGGUCCUGAUGGAAUGGAGCAACUGAAGGGCAAGCUAGCGGGCAUGACCAUAGUCAAUUAUGCCAUCACCCCUCCGGUCGAAACUGCGGAACUCAGAAGGCGUAUCAUUGGAACAGCAAGGCCGGCAGCAGGUGACCUGAUCGUUGAUGAAUGGAACAACAAAACCGCCCUGAUAGCAGGCCUUGUUUGUGGUCUUCUCCUCCUUCUACUGCUGGUCCUCCUGAUUAUUUGCUGUUGCUGUUGUCAUUGGACGAAACACAAGGAAUGCAGGCAAUGUACCAAGGGAUAUGAGCAGCAGAUGCGGGCUUAGGACGAACCUAUUGCCUGGUGUUGUUACAACUGUUAAGACCACCACUUUACACAGUGAAGGAAGCCAGGCUGUGCUUACAAUGUUGCAAAUGCAUGAAAAUUGUAAUUAUGAACUUUAAAGUAUCUAAAAAAUUGUGGGUCUUCCGCCCGCAACAUGGUUGUGAGAGGUUUUAGAUCCGAUUGUUUUUCAUGUGGUCAUGCCAGUUUGUAAUGUUCAUGUUUGAUGUUACUGAAUAAAUUAUGCAUUUAUGCAGUGCGGAGCCGCAGUGCAAUGUUCUGAACAUAAAUGAAUGUCACAUGCGGUAAUUUCCUAUAUCGUUUGGUUAAUAAGAAUACUGAUAUUCUGUGUACAUUUAAAACGAUUUUAUUUAUCGUCAAACGUUGUGGAUUUGGGAUAGUUUGCCUGGUUUUGUUUGUAUUUUGGUGUAU